CGAUCUUCCUCCACCGCUCGCCGCCAACAAACCUUACACGCCCGUGCGCACCCGAGAGAGGAACGAGGAGGAGGAGGGCGGAGAGAGAGGGGAUCGAGCUAGCUAGGGCGGUGCGGCGAGCUCGGCGGCGGGCGGGAUGGGGGGCUGCUACUCCGCCUACGCCUGCUCGCGCAAGCUGCGCGGCCGCCUCGGCAACAGCCUCUCCUUCGUCCUCCCCGUCUCCGACCCCAACAACAACAAAUCCGAUGACGACGCCAACAACAACAACAAGGAGCGGUCGCCGAAGCCCAACAAUGGCGCCGCCCAGUCCCCGUGGGAGGAGGAGGAGCCGAUCCUGAGGACGACGGCGGCGGAGUUCGCGCGGCGGUACGUGCUGGGGAAGGAGCUAGGGCGGGGCGAGUUCGGGGUCACACGCCGCUGCAAGGACGCCGCCACCGGGGAAUCCCUCGCCUGCAAGACCAUCCGCCGCCACCGCCGCCGCCGCCGCAACAAGUCCGCUGCUGGUGGAGGUGGCGGCGGCGCGGCUGCUGCGGCUGCCGCUGCGGCCGCGGCGGCCGCGGCGCACCAGGCCGACGUGCGGCGCGAGGUGGCCAUCAUGCGGCGCAUGUCUUCCUCGUCUUCCCCGGCGUCGGCGUCGUCCGUGGUCCGCCUCCGCGACGCCCGCGAGGACCCCGCCGACGGCUCCGUCCACCUCCUCAUGGACCUCUGCGAGGGCGGCGAGCUCUUCGACCGCAUCGUCGCCCGCGGCCACUACUCCGAGCGCGCCGCCGCCAAGCUCUUCCGCACCGUCGUCCACGUCGUCCAGCUGUGCCACGCGAACGGGGUGAUGCACAGGGACCUAAAGCCGGAGAACUUUCUGUUCGCGGACAAGUCGGAGGACUCGCCGCUAAAGGUGAUCGACUUCGGCCUCUCCGUCGUCUUCCGCCCCGGCGACCGCUUCACGGAGGUGGUGGGCAGCGCCUACUACAUGGCCCCCGAGGUGCUCCGCCGCAGCUACGGGCCCGAGGCGGACGUCUGGAGCGCCGGCGUCAUCCUCUACAUCCUCCUCUGCGGCGUUCCCCCCUUCUGGGGCGACAACGACGAGAAGAUCGCCCAGGCCGUCCUCCGCGGCGGGCUCGACUUCUCCCGGGAGCCAUGGCCGCGCGUCUCCCCCAGCGCCAAGGACCUCGUGCGCCGCAUGCUCGAUCCCGAUCCCUCCUCCCGCCUCACCGCCCCCCAAGUCCUAGAGCACCCGUGGCUGAAGAACGCGGAGACGGCGCCGAACGUGUCCCUCGGCUCAGCGGUGCGAGCCCGGCUCCAACAAUUCUCCGCCAUGAACAAGCUAAAGAAGCGAGCGCUCGGCGUCGUGGCGCGGAGCAUGCCGGUGGAGGAGCUAGACAAGUACGUGCAAAUGUUCCACAUAAUGGACAAGGACAAGAACGGCAACCUCUCCCUCGAGGAGCUCAUGGAAGGGCUCCACAUCAACGGGCAACCGGUCCCGGAGCCCGAGAUCCGGAUGCUCCUCGAGGCGGCCGACACCGACGGCAACGGGACCCUGGACUGCGACGAGUUCGUGACCGUCUCGCUCCACCUCAAGAAGAUGACCAACGACGAGUACCUGGCGGCGGCGUUCCGGUACUUCGAUAAAGACGGCAGCGGGUUCAUCGAGGUGGAGGAGCUCCGGGAGGAGCUGGGGCCGAACGAGCAGGCGAUCUUGGAGAUUAUCAGGGAUGUUGAUACUGAUCAGGAUGGGAGGAUCAGUUACCAGGAGUUUGAGCUUAUGAUGAAGUCUGGGACGGAUUGGAGGAAUGGAUCCAGGCAUUAUUCGAGAGCCAAUUUUAGUAGCCUCAGCCGGAAGCUCUGCAAAGACGAAGGACCCGGGAGCUCUUCUUCUUGAUCGUUUUGUUUGUGAGUUGAGUUGGCUUGGUUUGAUUGUCUGCAGGGUCUAAUGGUUGAGAUCGACUUGGAUUAGGCGCGAACGGCCGGGGAUCGAUGGGUGUGUGUACGUAUUGCCAACUGGGAUGGUUUGGUUUGUGCAAAAUUAAGAGGAUGAGAAAUGGAUGUAUUUUCUUUGAUUUUUUUCGGUUCGGAAAGGUUGAGCACUGAUCAUCGUUGGUUUGAGGUGUUUCAGAUGAAUGUACAGGAACUAUGUGGUAAGCUUAAUUGAUUAACCUUGCGUGGACUCUAAGAA